AUGGGUCAGAGCAACGGGAAGCCGGUCGUCUUCACCGACCAAGUGAACCUCAAUCACUUCCGGCUGCUGCGUGUCGUCGGCAAGGGUGCCUUUGGCAAGGUGCGCAUCGUCGAGCGCAAGGACACCGGGCUCACCUUCGCCCUCAAGUACAUCAGAAAAGAUGAAGUCGUACGGUCGGAGAGCGUUCGCAACAUCAUUCGUGAGCGGCGCAUGCUCGAGCAUCUCAACCACCCCUUCCUCUGCAACCUGCGCUACAGUUUCCAGGACAUUGAAUACCUGUAUAUCGUGGUCGAUUUGAUGAAUGGCGGCGAUCUUCGAUUCCACAUCUCGCGAAAGACAUUCACAGAGGAUGCCGUGCGGUUCUGGAUAGCAGAGCUUGGCUGCGCUGUCCGAUACAUACACCAGCAAGGCAUCGUGCACAGAGAUAUCAAGCCGGACAAUGUGCUGCUCGAUUCGGAUGGCCAUGUCCACCUAGCAGACUUCAACGUCGCGUCGGAUUUCACACCGCACAAGCCGCUGACCAGCAAGUCGGGCACGCUGGCUUACCUAGCGCCCGAGGUCUACGAAGGCAAGGGAUACUCGUGUGAGGUCGACUGGUGGUCGCUCGGCGUACUCUUCUAUGAGUGCAUCUACAACAAGCGGCCGUUCGAGGCAAACAGCCACGAUUCGCUUGCCCAGAAGAUCCUCAAAGGAGAGCCGACGUAUCCCGUUACAAGCCCGCCCGUCUCGAUGCCCUGCUUACACGCGAUAAGCUCGCUUCUGGAGAAGGAUCGCAAGAAGCGCAUUGGAGCCAUUUCGUUCGAGUCAUUCAUCGAUAAUCCAUUCUUCCGUCCGCUCGAUUUCGGCGCUCUAGAGCGGAAAGAGAUCGAGCCCGUCUUUAAGCCCUCGAGCGACAAGACGAACUUCGAUGCCACAUACGAUUUGGAAGAGCUACUCUUGGAGGAGGCACCUUUGGAAGCGCGAGCGCGGAGACAGAAGCCUCGCGAGGCGCUGAAAGAUGAUGCCACUGAGGCCGAGAUCCGUGCAGAGGAGCUCCAUAAAAUGAUCGAGACGCUCUUCGAGCCAUUCAACUACACGACCGUUGCCGAGCAGCGGCCCGCCGCUAUCGCCGUUGCUGACCCUGUCGAUUCGAUGGGCGGCUCCAGGGCGAGCAACAACAGCAACAGCGAGCAUACACCCACGUCGUCCACUUCGGUGCAGGACCCUUGGAACCGUGCGGCUCCGACCUCGAAGGCUUCUCAGGACGGAGAUUUGCGGCCUAGCCGAUCUGUUACCGCACGCUCUACAACGCAUUCUCCGAGUGGGAGCCCUCCGCUUGCAACAGCUGUGCUAAACCAGCCAGGACAGGCGUCAUCCGCCUCGCCCGCCUCGCAGCGCACUGAAGGCGCCGACUAUUUCCCAGCCGACGGUGGGAACACGCCAACGCCUUCGUUCUCGCGCCCGAUGAAUAACCGCCGAGGAGGACCGCAGCGCAGUACGAGCAUGGGCGGCGGUGUACAGGUAGUACUCAACGAGACCGGCUCGUGGUCCGACAUGGCUAAUCAAAGUUCUUCGCUUGUACAGAACCCCAAUGCUGACAAGCCAUCGGGCAUGCUCGGCUUCCUCAGCCGCAAGAAAGGUCGGGACCGGAGCCCCAAGGCGAAGGAGAGGGGUGUACUCGGCAAGGAGGGUGCUAGGGUCGUCAUCAGCAACACUUGA